AUGAGUGCUGAUCAAGGAAACAACGCAAGUGGUGUCACUGAAUGGAUUUGGAUCCCUGUGGAGUGGCACUGGUGGGAAGUCCUCCAGACGAUCCUUGCCAUCACAGGCAUCAUCGGUAACUUCUUAGUAAUGUUGGUACUCUUUCGGGUUAGGCGGAAACUUUGUUCCACCGAUACUCUGAUCGCUGGCUUGGCUCUGGCUGACUUCUUAACCUCGAUCUUCAUUAUCCCUCAUCCUAGAGUGAAGAAGCUUCCUGAUACCAUAGCUUCAGAGAUCUACUGUCGGAUUGCUCAUUCUUCAGUACUCAUGUGGAUAUCCAUUUGCGCUUCCAUCUUCACCCUAACCGCCAUCUCUAUAGAGAGACUGACUGCUGUCAUUCGUCCGGUUCAAUUCAAGAACAUAUUCACCCCUAAAAGAUCGCUCGUAAUGAUAGGAUACAUUUGGUUUGCAGCCCUUCUUGUUAACAUCGUAGUCAUGUUCGUGGUCUACUACGAUGACGGUGCUUGUGUGUUCAGCUUCCCCUCGGUAUGGUUCCACAUAUUUACCGGUGUGAUGGUGUUUCUGAUUGAGUAUCUCAUUCCAGCAACCACCAUGGUCGUGGCACACACUUUCAUGAUCUGGACUCUUUGGAAACGUCUCCGCAAAAAUGAUAAACAGAGAGAAGCAAAUCGCCGCAUCACGUUGAUGCUUCUCGUUGUCGUAGUCGUAUUCGUUAUUUGCUGGACUCCUGAUCAGAUCUUUUAUUUUGCUCUCAACAUCGGCCUCAUCGACGUAACCUAUCUCUAUAGUCCACAGUACCGUUUCUACGUUGUCCUUGCCUUCGUCAAUUCCUGCGCGAAUCCUAUUAUCUAUGCCACUCGGAACCCGAACUUCAGAAAGGCCCUUCGAGAACUUUGCGGAUCUACAAGACGUGUUGGCCGCAUCCAAAACAUAUUCGUUGAUAUCGAGACCAGAAGAAGUCAGACGGUCGACCGAACAACAACAGGAACAAAGAUUGACCUAUCAUCAAGUAAUAUGCUCUAA